AUGUCUCCAGCCGUCACGUCGCCCUGCACAACGCGUCUCAGAUGCGGAUUCUACCUCGCCAAGAAAAAGCGGCGCUGCGGCAUGACGAGGAGCGCGAACUUGCCCUACUGCAGCGAACACCUUAGCGCCCUCGCCACGGACGACCCGCUGCAGACCGCCGAACCCGCGGCCCGCGGCCGCAGGGUCCCGUGCCCAGUCGACCCUCGCCAUUCCGUCUGGGAGAAAGAAUUGACGCGGCACGCGCGUAAAUGCGGCGCGGCCCACGAGAAGAGGUCGCGUGAUGCGCAGGGUGCCUGGUACAGGUGUGACUAUAACUGCGGCCCGCCCGCUGCAGUCGUGGGCGCCAGCGUGGGCGACGCGACAAUUCUCGCAGCUAUUCCUAUCGUCCAAGAGAUAUACAAGUCGUUUUUCGAACAAAGGCCGCUGCCCACCGAGAUCAAAUCCAACGAGCCCGUCGAGCUGCGACGGUUCCCGCAAUUGCUCGGAUCCCGGAAGCACGCGCGCCAACAAUCGUCGCUCAUACAGCACGUGCAGGACCAUGGCAUGUUCCCGGCAAACCCCAACGACUCAGUCACUUACAUGGAGUUCGGAUGUGGCCGUGCAGAGCUAUCGCGGUACCUGAACCAGAGCGUCGUUUUACACUUGCUCAACGCGAGUCAGGCUGCCACGCGUCCCGCUGUAAUGCCCAGCUACGUUUUCAUUGACCGUGCGUCCAAUCGAAUGAAAUUUGACAAAAAAAUCCGCGACGAUGUCGACGAAUUGUGCGACGCGGACUCUGCUGCUACCGCCACGGCCUCACGACCGGACUCCAACACCUACCCCUGCAUCACGCGGAAAAAAAUCGAUAUCAAGGACCUGUAUUUGGACGCACUUGUGAGUCCAAACAAGAAUAACAAAUAUGUGGUCAUAUCGAAACAUCUGUGCGGCGUAGCCACAGACCUGACCAUCCGGUGCGUUCUCAACAGUAGCGUCCUGCAUACGAAAGAUCGACACUUGCAGGGCAUGGUGAUUGCCAUGUGUUGCAGGCACGUGUGCGAUCCAGCUCGGUACGCGAACCCCAGUUACAUCGAGUCUCUCAUCCGCGACCACGACGUUAACUACCAGGAUUUUUUCCUUGCUCUCAAAAAAAUCGCGACAUGGGCCGUCUGCGGCAGGCGGCCAGGCAUGACCGACUCCGACGUCAAUAAUCAUUUCACCGGUUUGCCCGUUGUAGACCGCGAAAAACUGGGCCAGAUGGCUCGUCGUAUAAUCGAUGAGGGACGUGCUCAAUUACUGCGAGACGAGGGUUACAAUGUUUCACUUGUCGAAUACAUCGAAUCAGAGGUGUCAUUGGAAAACGUCGCCAUGGUUGUUACCAAGCGGAAUUCGGCCUCCCAUGGGUGA